UCUCCGUCUAAGCGUAUCUCUGUCUGCAGAAGUAACAGGCGCCCUCCCCAGUGGGCCUCUGCUCCCAACCCUCACAGAGACACACCUGUGCAAGAAGCAGAAGGGAAGAGAGACCCAGGCCAGGAGGCCCUGCCCUUUCUUCAGGGGAAGGCUCAGGCCCCCUGCCUGCCUCAGCAAAGCCGCAAUGUGCCCGAGGACUUCUCUUAGGCACCUGUUCUUGGUGCUGCAACUGGCGAUGCUCCUGGCUGGCACUCAGGGAAAAACUGUGGUGCUGGGUAAGGCAGGAGACCAGGCAGAGCUGCCCUGCCAGGCUUCUCAGAAGAAGAACCUGGUCUUCAGCUGGAAAGAUUCUUCCCAGUCCAAGAUUUUGGGGAAUUAUGGCUCCUUCUUGCACAAAGGUAACAGUGAAAUGGGCCAUCGAGUGGAAUCCAGAUUAAACCUGUGGGACCAAGGAUCCUUUCCUCUGAUCAUCAAGAAUCUCCAAGUAACUGACUCGGGGACUUAUACCUGCGAAGUGGACAACAAGAAGCUCCAGGUGGAACUGCAGGUGUUCAGACUGACUGCCAGCUCGGACUCCCGCGUGCUGCUGGGACAGAGCCUGACCUUCACUUUGGAGAGUCCCUCUGGGAGCAACCCUUCAGUGCAAUGCAAGGGUCCAGGGAAUAAUAGGAAAGAAGACCUCAAGAGCCUGUCACUGGCCCAGGUGGGGCUGCAGGACAGUGGUACCUGGACGUGCACUAUCUCCCAGAGCCAGCAGACACUGGAGAUCAAAAUACCCAUCGUGGUGCUGGCCUUCCAGAAGGCCCCCAAAACAGUCUAUGUGAAGGAGGGGGAGCAGGCGGAGCUCUCCUUCCCACUCACCUUCGAGGAUGAAAAUCUGAGCGGGGAGCUGAGUUGGCAGCAGGCAAACGGGGAUUCUUCCUCCCAUACCUGGGUCACCUUCACCUUGAUGAACAGAGAGGUGAAGGUGCUCACGAUUCACAAGGACCUCAAGCUCCUUGUGGGGGAGAGGCUACCACUGCGUUUCACUCUGCCGCGGACUUUGCCUCAGUACGCGGGUUCUGGAAUCCUGACCCUGGAUCUCACCAAGGGGAAGUUGCGUCAGGAAGUGAACCUCGUGGUGAUGAGAGUGACUAAGUCCCCAGACAGUCUGACCUGUGAGGUGCUGGGGCCCAGCUCGCCAAGGCUGACCCUGAACUUGAAGAUGGUGAACCAGAGUAUGAAGGGCUCAAAUCAGUCGAAGUCGGUGACAGCGCUGGCGCCUGAGGCUGGGACGUGGCAGUGUCUGCUGAGUGACAAGGGCAAAGUCCUGCUGGAAUCCGAGAUCAACGUCUUGCCUUCAGACCUCAUCAAGGCCUGGCCAAAGCUCCUGCCCAUGGUGUUGGGUGGAAUCACAGGUCUAUUGCUUCUCACUGUCUUCUGCAUUGUCUGUGUUAAAUGCUGGCACCGCAGGGUGAGUGAGCCCUCUCCGACGUCCUUGCACCCCCACGGGACACUCAAGACCCUGAGGCUGGUCCGGCCACGAGGGUGUCCUGUGUCUGUGACCCGCUUCUCCUCUGGCUCCCUCUGCCCACUGCUCACUCCCUCACUGCCGGCUGGGCCCCGUCCCAGAUCCCAUGAGGAGGGAGAGAAACGAAGGCGCACAGUCAAUUCUGGGACAGAUGGCCUCCUCGGCCACAGCCCUGGCCUCUCCAUUCCCAGCUUUCCCCCCAUCUCCACCCACGCGCCUCUCCUCCAAGGGGCAGCUCCCUUUCAGAGGCCCAGGGCCCUCACAACUCGCCUCCUUCUCCCUGGACAGCGCCAGGCAGAACGGAUGUCUCAAAUCAAGAGGCUCCUUAGUGAGAAGAAGACCUGCCAGUGCCCCCACCGGCUCCAGAAGACCUAUAAUCUCACCUGAGGCCCGGAUCAGGAGUUUUUCACCUGCAACCUCCACACCUGGCUCCGCCACCCCCCAACCCCAACCCCACCCCCGCAUCUCCUAUCGGGCCCCUGGGCCUGGGGACCAGAUGAAUGUAGCCGGGCCCUCUGGCCACCUCCCGCCCUCCUGGUCGAGGUCGCCUUGGGUCUGCUCUUCCAGAUGCUCGCCCCUUCUUCCCCAUUUUCUUUCUACUCCAAUUCUAACCCCUCUCUGAUGACUUCUCUCUCCACUCACUCCCUCACCACUGGCUCAGAUCCCGGGCAGCACAAGGGACCAGCCCAGCCUGGCCUGGAGGAUGAGGCUGGGUGUCUGCAGCAUGAAGCCCAAGACUGUCAUUGUACGGGGAGAGGACCCUGGGACCAGAGAGAGGAGGGACUAGCCCAGGAUCACAAGCUAGUCAAGGACAGAUUCAGAUCCAAAGGUUCCUCCUGACUGCCCGCCAGCAGCAUUUCAUUCUGCUGCAUCUCACUCUGCCUUGGCAGAACCACAUCCUGACCUGGGCACAAACAGGCACCCUGGGCACACUUGUUCACAGAUGUGAUUCCUUAUCGCCCCAGCAGCACAGCUCUAUAUACAAACCAGUUUCUUUGUUUGUCUAUGGGCUUCCCUGGUGGCUCAGAUGCUAGAGAAUCUGCUUGCCAGUGCAGGAGACCGGGGUUUGAUCCCUGGGUUGGGAAGAUCCCCUGGAGAAGAAAAUGGCAACCCACUCCAGUAUUCUUGCCUGGAGAAUCCCAUGGACAGAGGAGCCUGGCAGGCUACUGUCCGUGGGGUUGCAGAGUCGGACAUGACUGAAUGACUAACAAUGUCUAUUUCAGCCUCACGAAAAUUCUGCAAGGCUGGUAAUGACAGGACCGAGACUAGCAUCUCCAGUUUAUAGAAACAGAAGACAGAGAGGUACAGCUAGUAUGUGGACUAGCCCAGGUCUCUUGACUGCUAGUUCCACUUCUAUCUCUUGAACAGAGGGAAAAUACCACGCAGGUCUCUGCAGCUGGCUGGUCACAGAUGCCGGGUAUGUCCCUUGUCCCUCCAUGGGAGCCCUUCCUGGCAGGGAGUUUGCCUCAGAGAGUUCAGGAUCAGGCAGGAGGGCCUCCCUGUCUAGAAUCCCUCCUUCGUCCCCUGCUGGCUGCAGAAUCCUGUUACCAGGGAACAAAACCUGCAGUUCUCCUAAUCAGGGCACAGGCCCUGUGGGAGAGGGUGUCCACUGACCACUACUCACCCUCUCAGAACCUUCUGGAAGGUGAGUUUUGCCCAGGGGAGAGGUGGGAAGCUGGCUGGAAACUGAGCCCUCUGAGGGCGCCUCCUGUGAAGGAUGAUACCCCUGGGCCUCAGUCUCCCCACCCUGCACCCCCUUCUUCCUUCUCCCAAAUGACUCAGGAUACAAGAAAAUCUCAGGGUUACAAGUUUUCUUCUUCUUCCUCUUUUCGAUCCAUUUCUCUCAGUAUCCCAAGCCUCCUCCUGCCCCACUCUCCACCCUUAGCUUUCUCAUCACCUCUUGCAAUCCCUACCCUUUUCCCUUCUUUUCCUUCCAAUUUGCCUCUUUGAGAAAGAACACCCAGCUGUCGACAGGGGUCCCCAUGGCUUGCUUAUAUUCAUGACCUGUCCCCACCCCUGCCUCCCUGAGCUGAGAGAAAAAUACAACAGACUUA